GAUUCUGCGCAUGAUGAAAACGACGGUUUCACACUAGAUAUUACAGCCACAAAGACAUCAUUGGCUACAAUAUGUUCUUUUUGGUAAUUAUUUAAGGGAAGGGUUACACUUAAAAUAAGUUUUUAAUAACAUAAAUUGUAGAAAUAGCGGAGUUUAGCAACAAUUAUGACUUUGUGACUGUGUUAAUCAUUCAUCAGCGGUGUUACAUUAGUGACGAAAACAACCCAGACGUUAGCUAGCAACUCGCGUUAUCUAACAAGUAAAAAUGUCUAACAUACAGUUGUUGAGGGUUUUUCUCAACGAGAGAUUAACAUAUGCUGCCGAGGAGAUAUUCGGGGUCGUUGAAAAAACUAUAGUAGAGUAUCAGGAGGAAGUUGUCCGUCUACAAAGGCUGCUCGACAUAGUUCUUCAACCUGAGAUAAAGCUACGCAGGGCAGGUGUGUUACUCGACCCCUCUCUCUCCUUCUCUGAAGUGGAGAUUCCCCCUGAUCAGCCAGAGUGGAACACCAGUCUGAGGCAGGAGGACCCACAGCCCACACAGAUCAAAGAGCCUGAUCAGCUCGAGUGGAACACCAGUCUGAGGCAGGAGGACCCACAGCCCACACAGAUCAAAGAGGAACCGGAGGAAAUCGGGACCAGUCGGGAAGAAGAGCAGCUUCAAGGGCUUGAGGCAGAUACCAUAGACUCCACUUUCACUCCCGCCUAUGUGAAAAGUGACUGUGAUGAGUACCCAACUCACCCCUCACAUCUCUAUCAAACCCAAAAGGAAGAAAACAGAGAGAGAGACACUCUACCCAGUACUACAUCUGAACUGAUCAAAACACAACUUGACCGAGAGAACUAUGUAGAAUCAGAACCAACCAGUGUCUCUCAGCCAUUCUCUGAAGCAAAUCCAGACUGUUUUGCAGCUCAGAGUGAAAACAGUGAAAGUGCCAGGGGCAUGGAGAAGGGAGGACCUGCGAGAGGUUUUAAGCCAAUCAAAUCAAAGAGAAAACAUAUGGUAAAAGGGCAAAACUCCUGUAUCACUACUAUGGGCAGCACAUCCACACAGUUGUCCCAUCUGAAAUCACACAGGCAAAGUUUUGCUUCUCCCUGUUGUUGCAAGGUGUGUGGCAAGUUUUUUAAUUACAUGAGUACAUUAAUUAGACAUGUUAAAACCCAUACAGGGGAUAAAGAUCAUCAAUGUGGUGUCUGCGGGAAAAGUAUGGAGUCCUCAGAAAGUAAGAAAGAUCACCUCCAAACUCACAUUGCAGCUAAUGUUUCUUGCCAUGUUUGUAGUAAAUAUUUUUCCUGUAACAGUAAACUGACAGAGCACAUGAGGAUCCACACAGGGGAGAAACCAUAUCGCUGCUGUGAUUGUGGCCAAGGAUUCAGCACUAGCGGUGGUCUGAAAAGACACACGCGGAGACACUCGGGAGAACAACUGUAUCACCCUGAUUGUGGCAAAGGAUUCGGCACCAGCGGUGGUCUGAAAAAACACACUAGAAUUUACACAGGAUUAUCCAUAUCGCUGCCCUGAUUGUGGCAAAGGAUUCCAAUAGGUUCUGGCUCCAGCAAAUACCUUCUCAGGACACACACGCUGUGAGACAUAUGAGCUGAGACAGGAUGUCGAAUCCUGACAGAGAGCUAGCUAACAUUACUAGCUAAAGCUAGCUCGCGAGUGUAGCCACCUAGUGUAGCCAAUUUAUACUCUGCAACUUCUCCCAACUUUUACCACUACGAUACUAACACACAUAACAUGACGCCCUGGACCAGAGCUACUGACAUGUAGCCAGCUAGCUAACGUUAGCCACACAUUUGUAACCUAUAUUAAUUAAAUUCAUAUCACACGAAUUGGAGGGACCGAUACAAAUUCAUACAUAGAAAUGUAACGUCAUACAAAACGGAGGGACACAAGAAAACGUUUACUAUGUUACGGCUGGAGUUCAGACUGCAUACCAUGAGAUGCAAUAAUACCAUCUGAGACAGGCAGCUUCAGACCGCAUAAUCUGCAGCUGGAUGCUUCUCAAGGAUUCAGCAUUGCUGGUAAUCUGUCAAUGCACAUGAAGGUUUGCACAGGAGAGAAAAUACAAAAGUAUUCAUUACUGGCAUCAAUCUGAAAGUGGACAUGAGGACUCACAGAAGCAUUGUAUAGGUGCAAUGAUUGCAGAGUUUUUAAAAUGUUUAUUAUGGAACUCCUACAAAGUUACAUUAACAAUGGUCACAAGAUGGAGGAAACAUGAUAAUGUGGUGUUUGGGGAAAGUCCUCAGACAGAAAAUGUAGAGGUGCAUUCUAACAGACAGAGAGAGACACUACCCAGGACGACAACUGAAAUGAUCAAAACACAACCUGACGGAGAGGACUAUAGAGAAUCAGAAGCAACCAGUGUCUCUCAGCCAUUUUCUGAAGCAAAUCCAGACUCUUCUGCAGCUCAGAGUGAAAUCAGUGAAAGUGCCAGGGGCAUGGAGAAGGCGAUAGGUAGAUGCUCCUCAGGACAAUACUCUUGGAUGAAUAAUAUAUGACUGAAUUACCAGUGGUGUAAAAUGACUAAGUUAAAUUACUUCAAAUGACUAUUUAAGGAGUUUUUGGGGGUAUCUUUACUUUACUACUUAUAUUUUUUUCAACUUUUACUCCAUUACAAUCCUUUAAAAAAUAAUGUGUUUUUUAUGCCAUACAUUUUCCCUGACACCCAAAAGCACUCGUUACAUUUUGAAUGCUUAUUAGCAGGAAAACAAAUGGUUCCUAUUCACGCGCUGAUCAAAAUAACAUCCUUGGUCAUCUCUACUGCCUCUGAUCUGGUGGACUCACAAAACACAAAUGAUUUGUUUGUAAAUUGUCUGUUUGUUGCAGUGUGAGUGUUGGAGUGUGCCCGGCUAACCGCAAAUAAAAAUAUACAAUGGUG